UUGUCCAAUUGUCUCAUCUCCAAGUGUGCCGCGGGCUUUCAUAAUAGAAUUUCACAAUUCGGUGAAUGCGCCGCUCAAAAAUGUUUUUAUUCGUCACGUUUCUUUAUUUUUUCGCGAGUACUUGUAGUGCUCGUCCCCAUUCUGGCCAUGCACCCAACAAUAUGAUAACGGUUCCACCCAAUUGUCCUGUUGGUCAGCAGUGGGUGAACGGUCAAUGCCGUGAAAUUUGGCGUUCAGAUGUUCAAGUUACUUUUGAAUCGCCAUGCCCAGAAGGAGAAGAAUUUGUUAAUGGAAAGUGCCGAAGUGGUGAUGAAUUUGACAAUCGAAAUGUAGUAACGGUGCCUCCUAACUGCCCCGUUGGUCAGGAAUGGGUCAACGGUCAAUGCCGUGAAGUGUGGAGAAGCGUUGCGUACGAUAAGAAUGCUAUUCAAGUACCUCCUAACUGCCCAGCCGGUCAACAAUUCGUCAAUGGACAAUGCCGAGACAUAUGGAGGAGUGAUGACGAAUUUGGAAACCGAAAUGUAGUUACUGUACCAACUAACUGCAAAGAGGGUCAGGAAUGGGUCAACGGUGAAUGUCGUGAUGUGUGGAAAAGCGAUGCCAACAACAAAAAUGUUGUUCAAGUUCCUCCGAACUGCCCACCUGGUCAGCAGUUCGUCAAUGGACAAUGCCGCGAUGUUUGGAGAUUUCAGAACGUGAACGAGAAGAAUGUCAUCAGUGUACCCUACCAGUGCCCUGAAGGCUACAAACUUGAUGCUCUUAAUAAUUGCCGCAAAAUCAGUGACUUUUAUUAAAUAAAAAUAAUCAUGUCAAUAAACGGUAACAUAUAUUA